AUGGCUGAAGAAUUCCAAGAAUCUGAAGUAAUUUUCCAGGAAAAUACUGUAAAUGAAGACAAUGAACGGUGCAACUUCCGGUCGAAUUCCGGGGAAUUGGAAAACAAGAAGGUGAAAAGAAGGAAGAAGAAGAAGAAGAAAGAGAAUUCCGUUCCGGUGAAUAUCCCGGAAAACGUUUCCGGGAAUUCAUGGUUUCCAUACGUGGAUUCAGAUUUUUUUGACGAUGAUUAUUAUGAUGAUGGAGAGAUAGUGCCACCUCAUGUGAUUCUCCGCCGGCGCAUCGCAGGAAAAAUGGCGUUCUCUGUGUGCACCGGCAAUGGGAGGACUCUAAAAGGCCGAGACUUGAGUGAAGUCCGGAAUACAAUUCUCAGAUUGACUGGAUUCCUUGAAACCUAA